AUGGAUUCUAGUUUUUUCGAGUCUGGAAGAAUAAGGAGUCAGAGGAUGCAACCAAACAAGGAUGAAGGAUCCUUUUCAAAAGAGAUCAGUAGUUCUGACUAUCAUAAACCCAAAACGCUUCAACAUUUAUUAGUAAACAACGAUGUUAGAGAGUAUUCGAAACCUAAUCCUAUAAUUUUUAAUGACCUUUGCCAACAAAGUCUAACAGGAUUUAGUUGUUCACUCCCACAAGCACUAGAGAAAAUUAGUUCUGACAUACAUAAUACAAAAUUGUGGACUGAUUUACAGACAAACAACAGUUUAAGUAUAAACAAAGACUCGCCAAAAUUUUCAAACAAACAUCAAGUGAAAUUGUUAGACCAUUUGGAAAGUACAAGGGGGUCUAAUAUAGUAGUCAGACAAGUUGACGCGACUGCUGAAACGAUGACUAUUGGAUUACCUAACUGUCGAGCUUUACCAUCCGUCCAGAAAACACCUAGGAUAAUACGUGCAAGGAUAUUUUUUAAUCAAAUAAAAACUGGAUUAAAAGAACAUAUUGAAUGGCAUACAACCCAAUUACAACAAGCAGAAUUAGACCAAGAUGUAAUAUCAGCUAAUAAGGCAUUAGAAAAUGUCAAUCAAUUACAGCAUAGGUUGAAUACAAUUCGUUGUCUUGAACAUGAAUAUAUGAAACAUUGGAAGCUAUACAGAGAAAUCCGAGCACGUUCACAAGGUGAAUUGUAUUGUGAUCAAGUUAACAGUGGUAGUAGUGGAAGUGGCAAAAGUGGUGAAGAAAGUAUUCAGUUAAGUCAGUGUUCAACAAAUAUGAACAAUUCAUCACUUUUAUCUAAAAAUAAACUAAGCAAAUCAACAUUAGCUUUAACUGGAUUUAAUGGAUCAGAUCAUAUUCAACCAUCAACCACCAGUGUCAAUACAACUAAUCCCUAUCAAAAUCAUUCUCACCAUAAUAAUAAUAGCAUUUGUGACACAACAAAUUAUUUACCAACCAUAAUAGAAAAACGUCCAAAAUAUUCUUCCUUAUUGAAUUUAAUACGACAUAAAUCAAAGAAAACGACAAAUAAUUAUUUAUUACAAAAUGAAAAUCGUCCACGUGCUGCUACAACAGCGUCACCUGUAACAACAACUGCGGUAGAUCAGAAGCAUUCAUUCUUACACUUGAAUAGACCAAGUAAUUUAGAUUUAACAACAACUCAUAUACCAUUGAAAAAAUCUGCUACUCUAUUAGUUCAUAACAACAAUAGCCAUUACAAUAAGGGGUUAAGUAAAUCCAGGAGUAGUGCGCGUGAUUUAGUAACUAAUGAUGCUAGUUUUAAACAGCAACAGGAAGUUUUAUUGAAACGUUUAUGUCAAAUAGAAGCUCAAACGGAAUAUUUAUCUGGUACACUGAUAUGCGAAGUGAUUGGAGUCAGUGGCUCAGUCUCCUCGUUAUCAAAAGAUGUUUUCAGGAUAUCACUUAAAUAUGAUACACCAGUAUUGUCUUCAGUAUAUGAACUAAAAAGUGAUAAGGAAUUGCCAGAUGUUGAACCACUGUAUACAUCAACUGUUCCUUUAAACCAGAAAGGUGGUUCAAAUGAUAAAUGGACGAUUACUGGUCGUCUCUUUUCUUCUUCAUCAUUUUCUCCCUCCUCUUCUGCACCAAUUUCUAAUUCGUCAAAAUCAUCAGCUCACUUCCAAGCAACUUACUUAAAUGAUGUAAAUUUAAAAUUUCCUGAACAAAAAUGGGAUCAAACUAAGCAUAUUUUUAGUCCAACAAUUGGUGAUGUAUUAACAAUAAAAGUAGAAUUCAUGCGACGGUUCGGGAAACCAGAAACUCUUAUACAACAGGCAUGUGAUAUAUUAAAACUAAUCACUUUGAAAGGUCAUCAUAUAUCAGUCGGACUAAAAAAUUUCACUGAUCUCCAAUUUCAUUUUAUUCUCAAAUGGUGCCCAUUAGCUGAUACUAAAGAUGAUCGGAUGUUGUUUUACAAUUUAUCAACUAUUCAAUUAAACAAUUCCUAG